UCAUUUCAUCGUGAUAACUUCAAAACGAGACACGCUCGCGCGCGCGCCCAGCUUGAGCACGCACAGUCGCAGAGAUCGGUUGGAUGGCAAAGAAGUCACUGCGAAUCACACGGAAAAUUUAACUAUAGGAAAACUACUUAAGUAGAGAUUUGAUUUUUUAUAUAAAAAUAAAUGAAGUAAAAAUAAGUGAAAAAAUGGUAUGCGACUGAUUCCUUUGAUUUACAAAGCAAAAUAAAUAAUUAAAUAAAUACAAAAAUAUUAAGUGAAAUGACAUUUAAAAAAAAGUAAAAAAGUAUAGUUUUUAUUAAAAAGCUGUAGUGUUAAGUCAACGCAUCGAACGAAUAGUAUAAAGGAUACGCGCUCGUGGCACAAUAGCUUGGGUUCGCAGGACAGCAGAACCAAAAAAAAAAAAAGAAACAACACAAAAACCAAGUGACGAAAAACGUUCUGUUCUUGGUUGCUUGUUCGCAGGAUUAUAUCAAGAUUGCCUAGAAAUUAAAUGUAUGUGUGUAUAUUUGUGCGUGUUUAGUAGAUCUGGAAAAAGCAUUCGAUUUUUUGUGAGAAAUUUUCAUGUUAUUCUGGAAGUAAAAAAUUUGAAGAUAUUUUCAUUCUGCAAGUGCCAGAAAUUUUUACCAAAAUAAAAGUGUCAAUAAAAGAUGUCGUUGUGUAUGUAAACAAAAUUUGCUUGAAAACAGAAUCUUUCAACGAAAAUCCCUAGGAGAUUGGGCGUGGUCGUGUAGAAGUGUGUUCAACCCGGAGUAGCUGAAUUUGUUUUGAAACUUUUAUUGCUAAAUUAUGGGGUUACAAAAACACUACCUCAGAUAUGGCCGCAGUGCGAGAGAUCAUAUAUUGGGACUGGCAGGCGGAGGACGCCGCAACACCAUCGUGAAAACCACCGGCGAUAAUGGUCACAAUAGCCAAAACGGCCAUGGCACACAUCGUGGUGGGGGUGGUGGUGGCGGUGAACACGGCGGUAUGCCAAAUUUAACCAGCCGCCCCACCCCGCUGUCCAUGUUAAUAUCACAAGGAGCUAAAAUCAAUAACCAUAGACUAGCUGUGAUAAUUAUUGGAAUAGUAACAUUAAUUAUAGGAAUAAUGCUAUCAUCAAUUCCAUGGCUGGAUUAUUUUAUAUUAAAGAAUUUAAGGCUAUGGAAUGAUACGUUAAGUUAUCAUUACUGGCAGCGGCCUGGCGUCGUACGUCUAACUAAAGUGUAUAUAUAUAAUGUCACAAAUCCAGAGGGUUUCCUGAGUGGAGAAAAACCGAGGUUGACGGAAGUGGGUCCAUUCGUUUACAGAGAAGACAUGCAGAAGGUGAAUAUUCAUUUCUACGACAAUCAAACAGUGUCAUAUCAGCACAAGAAAAUUCUACAAUUUGUUCCCGAAUUGAGUAUAGACAAGAAUACUCCGAUAGUCACACCAAAUAUUCCUUUAUUGACUCUUACUAGUCUCAGUCCAAAACUAGGUUAUCUGCUCUCAAAAACCAUUUCCGUGGUGUUAACUGCAGCCAAAUUCAAACCCUUCAUCAAUGUGACCGCUGAUCAGCUGGUGUUUGGAUACGAUGAUGCGCUGGUUAGUCUUGCGCAUCGCUUUUAUCCAAAACAUUUGCGUCCAAUGGAGCGCAUGGGUCUGCUAAUUGGGCGCAAUGGCACACUGACCGAAAUCUCAACUAUAAAAACCGGACUACGAGGUAUGGAAGAAUUCGGCUACAUAGACCGACUCAAUGGGCUCGCUCACUUGCCUCAUUGGCAUAAGCCACCUUGCAAUCAGAUAGCCGCCUCCGAGGGUUCUUUUUUUCCACCGCGUGAUAGUACAAAAUCUGAUAUUGUUUACCUUUACGACAAAGAUUUGUGUCGCGUCAUACCGUUGCAUUACCAAAGAGGCAUACAGAAAGAUGGCAUUGACGCUGAUCUUUACAUCUUGCCCGAGAACAGUUACGGCGAUUCGGCGAAUAAUCCGGAAAAUAAAUGCUUCGAUCCAAGCGAUUAUCAACCGGUGAAAGGUCUACAGAACAUAAGUCCCUGUCAAUAUGGUGCGCCCGUCUACAUAUCCAAUCCGCAUUUCUACCAAGCCGAUGAGUCGUUGUUGAAUUCGGUAGAGGGUCUGAAGCCGAAUAAAAGCGAACAUGAAACAUAUUUCAAAAUUCAGUCGAAAUUAGGCGUUCCGCUAGAGGGCAAAGUACGCAUUCAACUCAAUCUGAAAGUGACACGGGCGAAAGAUGUGCAUCCUGUUAAAGAUUUUCGGGAUUUUACAUUCCCGAUUAUGUGGCUAGAAGAAGGUAUAUCCGAAUUAACGCCAGCAAUCCGGCGCUGGAUCUACUUAGCCACGGUUUUUGUGCCAAUCGUCAUACCAAUUUUCUCAUAUCUGAUGAUGUUUGGCGGUGCUCUCGCCAUUGUGUUUGUCUUCGUGCGUGCAUACCAAAACUUCGUAUUUGCGCGCGAUCCCACUUUGGAGAUAUUGGAGAUGGGACGUCGAUCGUUGCGGCGCGGCAGUAGCUUCAUCGCGCAGCAUCAACACAAAUUUAUGCAUCGCGAAAGCUAUACGUUGCUAAAGACGGCGCCUGGUGAUUUGUUGGACGACAGAGAGGAUACGCUACCGAUAAUGACGGAUAGCUCAUAGUAUUCCUAGAUAGCCGCAGUGGAAUUGAGUGAUCGGUGGUGCGAUCAAUCGAGUCUCACACACACUCAUACAUAUGUAUGUACUUAUGUGCAUAUGCGUGGUUGCCUUUUGAAUUUAGUUUUUGUAUUUAAUUAGUCUUGUAAGCUAAGUGCGAGAAUUAUUUAUGAAUGUUUAAUAUGUUUCGCGUGCGUGUUGAAGUACCAUAUCAAAAACAACAAAAACAAGAACAUGUGAUUUAAGUUAUUGCUUUCGAAAGUUUUCGUGUGAGUUUUUAGUUUUGUAUGUAGAUACUUACAAAUUUUUACUUAGAGGAUUUCUAUUAUUUCCGAAGUGAUUCUGGGGGAGCGCGUGUCUGCGGCCUUUAGUGCGUUUUAGCUCUAAUUUUUCAACAAUUUCAAGCCUAUGAGUUUGAAAUUGAUACCUUAUAAUAUAUUUACAUAGGUACAUACAUGUAUUUAUAAUGCGGUGUUUAGCUUUUCUCUUCUUCUACUUAUACUUAUACUCGAUUUAAACAAACACGUGACUUUCCAGGGUUAGUGGUAGAGUUUGUUAAACUUAAGUACGUAAAAGUUUGCAUGCAUUCAAGUAGAAACAGCAACGAUUUUAGCGAAUAUGAGAAAUUAGUAUUUGAAACAAUUACAGAAGAGAUGAUGGAAAAGAAAUAGUGCAAUUUUUACUCAAGAAUAAUAUAAAUCAUUAUUGAGCUCAAAUGACGCAACAAAUUUUGAAUUUACAAAGAAAGUACAACUCAAUAAUUCCUAACAAAAAUUACCAUAUAUUCGCAUGUUUUGUGGAAGAACGUCUAUUGCAAAAAAGAAAAUUAAAAAUAAAAAAAAAUAUUUAGUUAACCCUCAAACGCCUGGCAGUACCGCCAGGAACCAACGACCUAUUUAGAGAACAAUUUGCUUGUUUGAAGAUGCCUUGCAUGAUUUUGGUACACGAACAUUUUUGUUAAGCAAUUCUUAGUAGACUAAGCCAAUUUUGCCCGUUAUGCCAGUUGUAAAGCGCAUAUUUCUCUCAAUUUUAUGCUGUGGCUGUGUUUAUCUAACUAUCUUUUAAUAAUUUUUGUUUUUAUAAAAACUUUAUGUCAACACAUAAACACAUUUCAUAUUUAAAAAUAUACCAUACCUUCUCUUAUCACGCAUUUCUGAGUUGCUUAAGCGCCUUUGACACUACGCAGGGCCAACCAAUAAAGGUUAGGUUAGGUUAGGUUUGCCCAGUUGGCUUGCUGUCACGCAUAGAUCGGUUCGAUCCAUAGCGAUAGCAGCUGCAAUUCAUUAGUUAUUAGUUAGUCCACCCGCAUGGUGCUUGCUUCUAUUGCGAAUUUAAGGAGACUUUUCCAGCCCACUGCUGAGAUGUCUUCCAAUCCGUCAAACCUUGGUGUUCCCAGAUAUUUUAAGCACAUUUUGAAUAACGCAGAGCAUCCGCAAGGGAGCUGCUCUACAGUUUACCUUGAGCCCUGCUCGCUACAUUUCCAACCAACAGAACUUGUAAAAUAUACAAGACGCAAUCGCCAGAAAAGUGGUGGAACAAAAGUGCUUUAGAAUUGUAUGUGCAACCAAAUAUAAAUAGUUCACAAACAUUUUAAAAAUUCGGCAUCUAAGCGUUGAGUAUGUAGAGGUGACAGAGAGUAAUUUUUUUUCUUUUGUUUUUUGAUUUUGUUGUCUUUGUUUUUUAAAUGCACAACUUAUUAGAAACAAAUAUUUACCUCUUCUUUAUACUUGCGUAGGCGUACGGGUAUCAAAUUGAUAACUUUAAAGUAGUUUUUCUCGAAUUUUUAAUUUUUUGAGUUAUCACGUUCUUCCAGCAAAACCACGCGGUAUGUGCAAUACUACUUUAGACUUUUGGAAAAUUACGAAACACGAGUUGCUGCGACAAAACCAAAAUGCACUUUUAUUGUCCAAAAACCAAAUUCAAUUAGUUUUAAGUCUUAGCCUUAGGCUUUUUGUACAUACAUAGAUAUUUCUAAGCGUACAUGUGUGUGUAUGUACAUAUUUCAUAUUAAAUACUUAUUUUGUAUGUGCGGGGAUCUUAUACUACUCUUACACUUAGCCGUAUUAUUAGUAAUUUGACAAGUUCUUAAAUACUUUUUGUUGUAAGAUGGAAAUAUAUUUAAAAGAAAAAAUUCAAAUUUAUUAAACUAGUCAUUUUUACGACACAAAAAUGAGAGCAGAUUAUUAUCCGUAAGCAGUUUUAAGUAUUUAGAUAUUUUUGCAGUUUUUAUAAAAAAAUUAUGCAUAUAUUUUACGCAUAGUCAGUUUAAUUUAAAUUUAAGCCGCUCUUUGAGGAAUGAUGACUAAAUUUUCGAAAAAGAAUUGUUAUUU